AUGAACGUGCUGCUGAUCCUACCGUUAGGACUCCGUGCUCCUCACAGUGAGAAGGCUCCUAAAGAGGGAUUCUACUUGUAUAAUUCUUCAGGAGAUGGGCGGGACGCAGGAGACUCUUGGAACGUGGCCUUUUUGAGAAAUCAGGAGAGGACGCACAUCUAUGGCUCCAGGUUUUGGAUGGAUGCACAUAAUCCUGCUGUCAUCAUUUCAUUCGAAAAGCUUCUUGCUGGUCAGUUCUGUGGGAUGCAUUAUGGAUAUCUCGGUGAGCUUUUUCCCAGGACACAUACCCCGGCAGUCAUUGGCAGCAAGCGUUGUAUAUCCCUGAGUAAUUCUGUUGUGACCAUGAAAAGACUGCAGAAGAAGCUGAAAGAUGUAUUUUGGGACUCCAUGCUCACCAACGCAGACUUCAAGGGGAGAGGUGAGCUUUAUCUCAGGACUCAUACCCUGGCAGUCAUUGACAGCAAGCGUUGUAUAUCCCUGAGUAAUUCUGAUGUGACCAUAAAGGAGUUCUUGCAAGCCAUUGCUGGAAAUUCUCAGGGUUGGAUCUUAACCAGCGUCCGCUGGAUUCGAGAAGAGGACCUGCCUGCCCAGUUGAAAUUAUUGUCGCUGGUCAAUUUGGAGUGUGGGUUGGAUCCAAGGAGAAGCAGCCAGGACAUUGAUCAGGAGUAGGUCAGAGACCAGGAACAAGAACCCGAGACAGAUUUGGGGGACAACACAUUAGGAGC